UUGGUGGAGCGCCCCUAGGGGCUGAGCCAGGCCCUCGCUCCGCUACGGCGGGUGUUCUGUGUACGCUGCCGGGAUGGGGCUAUGGGUGUUGCUGCCUCUCGGGUGCUUCGCGCUGCUCCUACCGCCGCCCGGCGCCGCCGAGUUCAGCCCGUCCCUGGACAGCGACUUCACCUUCACGCUGCCCGCUGGCCGCAAGGAGUGCUUCUACCAGCCCAUGCGCAAGGAGGCCUCGCUGGAGCUCGAGUAUCAGGUUCUAGAUGGAGCAGGAUUAGAUGUUGAUUUUCACCUACUGUCUCCAAAGGGUGAAACUCUAGUUUUUGAUGAAAGAAAAUCAGAUGGAGUUCACACGGUGGAAACAGAAGAUGGGGAUUAUAUGUUCUGCUUUGACAACACAUUCAGUACCAUUUCUGAAAAAGUGAUUUUCUUUGAACUGAUCCUGGACAACAUGGGAGAAGACGGAGAAGAUCAGGAAGACUGGAAGAAGGAUGUCACAGGCACAGAUCUCCUAGAUAUGAAAUUGGAAGACAUUCUGGAAUCCAUCAACAGUGUCAAAGCCAGAUUAAGCAAAAGUGCCCAGAUUCAGACCCUGCUCAGAGCAUUUGAGGCUCGGGAUCGGAAUAUACAAGAAAGCAACUUUGACAGAGUGAAUUUCUGGUCCAUGGUCAACUUGGGUGUAAUGGUGGUGGUAUCAGCUGUUCAGGUUUACAUGCUGAAAAGUCUCUUUGAAGACAAAAGGAAAAGCAGAACUUAAUAUUCAGUAUGAUCAUAACAAUGUAACAGGUCUGGGGGGAGAGGGGCAGAAAAACAACUACUACAAUGAAGAACAACAACAAAACAUGACCUUUCAGAUUCUUUUGAACAGGCAGUAGACAUCAGGUUUUCAAAUCACAUUGGGCUUUUUGGUUGGGGGGGUGAUGGUCAUCUUGUUUGGGUUUUGGUUUGGUUUUUUUUAUAUGUGCUUUGUUUUUACCAUAAACAGAAUGCCUUGCCCCAAGUUCUUCCAUUUCUGCAUAACAUGGUGAAUAUGGAAAAGUAAUGUUAAAUAAGGUUUGUGGCAUGGACAGGAGUCAUCAGAGGGACGGAGCACUGCUCCUGUGAGGAGAGUUGGGGUAGUACAACCUGGAGAAGACUCCAGAAAGACCUUCUUGUGGCCUUUCAGUUCUUAAAAGGGGCCUGUAAGAAAGAGUGGGAACAGCUUUUUAUCAGGAAAAGGGAUGAUGGUUUUAAACUAAAAGAGAGGGGCGAUUAAGGGUGGAUGUGAGGAAAAAAUUUUUUACACUGAGAGUGGUAAAGCACUGGCACAGGUUUCCCAGAGAGGUGGUGGGUGCUGCACUCCUGGAGACAUUCAAGACCAGACUGGAUAUGGUUCUGGGCAACCUGCUCUAGUUGAAGAUGUCCCUGCUCAUUGCAGGGGAAUUGGAUGGGAUGAACUUCGAAGGUCCUUCCAAGCCAAAGUCUUCUGUGAUUCUACAAUACUGUCACUUUUUCCAUGUUCACAUAAAACUUCUUAAAUGGUAACUUAAACAUUGGUUUAUUUGCUGUUAAACUUAGAAUGAAUUUACAUAUGUGCCUAAGUGUUUACAGGACAGGGGCCCACUGGAGUAGUCUGUCAUUACUAUGAUUUACCUUGAUUUAUGCAUUUUUAAAAAUGCUCAGCUUCUGUUGCAUGGCAUCAUGGAGAUACACUGGGCUAACAGUGCAAGAACAAAAUGAGAACUAUUUUUAUACAUAGAUGACUAACAUCAGCACUUUAAAGAAGCACCAUCAAUGUGAAAUUGAGUCAGUGUUAGAAAGAAUUGGGGAAAAUAGGUGCAAUUCCUGUUCAUAGAUCUUUCUGUCCUACAGUUGUAUAAGCCUGUUUCCCUGUUUGGCUGUUAUGAGAUUCAAGAGGCAGGUGACAUGGCAUAAAACCAAAUGCACACACGCAGAAGUAUGGUUUGCAAACUCUUAGUUGCUGUAACAUCAUGUAAUAGAUAAUUUUCAAGGAGUUAUUUCUCAUAUUAUUCUUUCCCUUUAAUAAAGGGGGCUGUGUGUCACAGUAUGUGAAAAGAUUAACAUUCUUUUUUGUAAUCUCAAAUCCCUCUUAUUUUCCAAUUUUUAUUGUCUACUACAUCUAUGACUAAUGGAGCAGUUAAUUGGGAGACUUACAUAGGCAUGAAAACAGAAAGCUGUCGCCCUAAGCUUUCCCUUUUUGCUUACCUUCACAAGUCUGAGCUAUGUAUAUACAUUCAGUUCAUAUGAGCAGUGUUUCUCACAUCUAGCUAUUUAUUUAAGUCACAAAAUACAUGAACAAGCUUCAAAAUUCAGAAUCAACAGAAUAUGGAGAAUUAGUUAACUAAAGGCAAAACUGUCCUCAAAUCAGUAAUUGGUAAUUUCUAGAUGAAGCAUUUUUUUAACAGGGUACAGGGAAUUUUUGCCAAAACCCCUGGUGUGAGAUUUAACUUUAAGUCAGUCAUUUCUACAACACACCAAGACACUCAAGAUUCCCUCUAUAAAUGCAUUAAAAAUACAUUUCCUCACAAAAGUGUUUUCCAGAAACAGUUUCUUAAACACUUGAAGAAGUGUAUUAUUACAUUGUGCCUGUUGUUGGGUCAUCUGGAUACAAACAGCAGAAUCACAACUUUGAUACUUUGUUAGCAAACAGUAUUUUAAGCAGAUAAAACAGUCAAUAAAUGCAUGAAAACACACUUUGUUCAAGUGAAGCAGAUGCUAGCAAGGGCUACAGUACACAGAAACAGCCCUCAGACCAGGGGACCUAGCAAUAAUGUUUCUAAAUAGUUUUUAUAAGCAAAAGUAUUACUCCUUACAGGACUUGUUACAGAGGGCUCUGAACGUGGUUGAGCGCCUUAUUUUUUUGCAAAGUUAUGUCCAAAAUAGUGCUGUUUGCCUUUAGGGUUCUGCAGAUCUUUUUCCACAUGAUGCAAUCUAUUCUAAACUGCCUAGAACUGGAAAACUUGUUUCUAUGGUCAGGGCAAAGCCUAGGAAAAAAAAAUUAUUUUCUGAUAGUGGCAAAUAAUACUUGUCUGCCAUUUCCCUAUAUAUCUCCCCGUACCAGUAGACCAUGUACCUACAUCAGGGUGUAAGCCAAAGCUCACUGAAGUCAACUGCCAGGUCCCUUCAGGACAGACAAACAAGAUCCUUAGGGCUCUGCCUCUUUAGAUAGAAGAGAUAUAUCUUUGGUUGCAUUACCAUGUGUCUGAUGCUACACACCAUCUACAAAAUGCUGAACCAGCUCCGCGAAGCUGUGACUAAGACUCCUACCUCUUAUCUGCUAGAUUCUAGAUUUCAGCUUAGACUUCACUUCCAACAGAACUCUGCCAAGUUUCCCAAAGGCACCUCAAGGGAUUAGGUUCCCCAGCUGCUCCGCUGUGCCUCUGAUAGUGGUUAAAUAUCCAGCAGCAAAAUAGUAUGUUGUAUUAACUGAAGAUGCUCAUGAAUGCUGGCUUCUCUGUCCCAAGACAGAACUGCAACAGCUUCUUCAAUUACAAAAAGCAGUUUCUGGUAGAAAGAAAAUAACACAAUUUUCACCAGAGUUCCUCUGGAAGAAUUUAUUUUACAACCAAAAGCUGUGAUUGUAUCUUACCCCCAUGCAAGGUUCAUUAUAGAAAAAGGGAAUAAAGCUGACUACGCUUUAACUUUGGCAGCUGGAAUACGUUUAUCAUAGGUGAAGGUUUAGGCAUUUGGACUUGUAGAUAAGUAAGAUUUUAUUUGGCUUUGGAAGAACAGAUUGCUUUUGAUAGUAUAAAAUUUACAAAGAAUAUAAAUCUACAUUUCUUUUUCUUAAUGGACUUUUUAUUCAGAAUUAAAUGUUUUAAGACCUGCAGAUGUUGAAUAAAAAUGUGCAAAUCAAAUUUUAAUUGAUUUUCAAUAAAUUAACUUUAAACCUGCA